GACUUAGCAGGAAGAUUUCUUUGGCUAGUGUUAGAUGACGUAAAGGGGACCAAUGUGUUUUGCAGUCGGGCAGGAGAAAAAAGAAAAACACUGUGCUUCUCAUUAAAAGUGCUUUGUCAUGUGUUUGUCUCGGGGUGUCCUUAACCAGCGGGACUCUCGUGUUCGUCCACACCGACCAGGACGCGUCUGUCUGCGGCUGUUUUGAAACCAGCAGCCCGCUGAUCUCUCACCGACACUCGGCUCCGUUCCGCUGCAGCUCCCCUCCGGUCUCUGCACCGUCUCUCUCUGUGUUAAUUUUUUUUUAGUGAUAAUGGGAAUCAAUAAAACGUACAUUAGUGUCGGCUAUGCCUCCUUCGGGAUGCUCAUGGGCUUCUCCGCAUUCCUUGUGUGGAACAUCGCGUACAACCAGCCGUGGACCGCAGCCAUGGGAGGACUGUCAGGUGUGUUGGCUCUUUGGACCCUGAUCACCCACGUCAUGUACCUGCAGGACUACUGGAGGACCUGGCUGAAGGGCCUCAAGUUCUUCUUCUUCAUGGGGCUUUUCUUCUCUUUGCUGGCCGUCGUAGCCUUCAUCACCUUCCUGUCUGUUGCCAUCCACAACAAGGAGUCCCUGACUGACCCCCGGAGUCUCUAUUUGUCCUGUGUGUGGAGCUUCAUGAGCCUCAAGUGGUCCUUCGUGCUCGCCCUGACCGCUCACCGCUACCGCAAAGAGUUCGCUGACAUCAGUAUCCUCAGUGACUUCUGAGGUCGGCUCAAACAUCCAGCAGCAGCCGCUCAGACUUUGGAGUUCACUCACAGCGCUGGUGUGUCACAGUGUGUUACAGUGUGAAAGUGAUGCAGGAGGAAUCACCGGACAGUAAACAUGCUUUGUGGACAGGCGCUCUGACCCUGGUUACUCUCUCUCCUCCAUGACCUGUAUCUCCCCUGCACCACCUGAGCAGGAUUCGUUUGUAGACUUUCCAGAUAAACCCAUCUCUGUUUUAUAUGAUCCUUGACAGACUUUAUUUUCUUACUAUUUCCACUUCCUCUGCAUUAGACAUGCAUCUGCAAACAAGAUAAAUCCUAAACAUGGUCAUUUUCUAACCAUGCCUCAUUUCAACACUCACACUCAUUACCAGUUGCAGUUUCUUGCUGCAGCCACUAGAGGGCGUCACUCCUCCAAUUAUAUCUGCAGUUUAUACAUUUGCUCGCAACUUUGUGAAUUGCAGCAGUGUUUAAUUCUGUCAUUACAAGCUCUCCUCACAAGUUUCACAUACAGUGAUCUGAAGACGAAAUUUGUGUUACGCAAGUCACCAAUGCCACGAUGAACUCGACGCCUUAAAGUUGACAAACAUCCGAUCACUGCUUCAACAGGGUGUCAGCAGCUUACAGGGAUCAGGUCACUCAAAAUCCUCCACAUGAAGGCUUUCUUGUGCAAUUCCGAACAAGCACCACAUGCCCGAUAUUUCUGAGCUCCAAAAGGGCAAUUGUAAUAUAUAGAAUGAUUUUUGUAAUAUUUUUAACGAAUGUGAUAUUAAAAUAAAGGAAAACAGGCUUUAAUUCAGCAGUGAUACCACUAAUAUGCAUGCUUUAUGUUAUUUUCUGUUAUAUUGUCCUCAUCGAACCCAUUUAUUGACAUUUAUAUUGCUGCUUAAUGAGAUUCUUUUGCUGUACCUCGUUCAUGCGUUUGUCUUUCUACACUGCUGUGUUGAAAUGAAGUAUUAUGGCAUUGUGUACUCACAUGUAUCACCUGACUGAAUGUAGGAGUGUGUGUUUGUACAAGAGUGUCUGAGAGUGAUUAGAAUAAAAUAUGUUUUUGACAUCUA